AAUUAUUUCACACUUUUUCUUUUACGUUUUUACUUUGCAUGAAAUAGCCGAACCAACUUAACUGAUUAAAUGACUAUAGCUAAAUUUGGAAGCAAUGGCCGCACCACAAACAGGUCUUCACAGACAUUUGUUAAGACAAUUUGCUUCGGUUUUGUUUAUUUUCAUUAUGAAAUAAACAAACGAUCCUUUACAAAGACAAUUAGAGAGGUAUUAAUUUCCAAAAAAAAGAUAUGUUAGUUUGAUCUGAUGACCUACUUUAUCCGUACUAAUUGGCAAAAUCAAACACAAAUGUCGAUGGAGUCCGUAAUAGAGGUGACGAGAUUGAGCAGGUGUGCCGAAUGGGUUGCUUUAUUCCUGUAAUAAUGCCUUUUCACCGCUAAGAGGCGCUAAAACACAAUGGAAAUAAGUCAGAAGUGCUCAAUGGGCACGAUUGCACGUGUUGUUAUGGGUCCCAAAGAGGCGGGUGUGAGCCAGAAUCACAAGACGUCCAAAACAAAGAGCUCCAGCCCAUCCGAGUGGGAACGCCCCCUUAACCAGGAGCGUGGCUGCCAUUGGUCAGAUGACGAGGAAGCGUGUCUGCUAUUGGCUGCGGGAUUUUGUCAUGGCCCGUCUGUUGUUCGGUUUGGGAGCAGGAGCGCCUUUGACAGCGGACUGAAAUUUUUGGGAUUUGUGCGCUGUUGACGUGUGGACGCGAGAGUGUAUGAAGGCUUUGGAGUGGGAUUCAUAUUUACUCUCGAGUGUUGAAUCCCAUGCUGUGGGCAUCCCUGGAAUGUUGGAAUGGUUCUUCAGAGAAGCUGAGCACCACAUAUCAAGUGACAAGGCAAAGUUGGUCCACGUCGAAGAAGGAGAAGAUGAAUGUGGAGGCUCUGAGUAGAGCAGAGCUGCUGACCCUCCUCAGUAUCUUGGAGGGAGAACUCGAGGCCCAGGAGGUUGUCAUUCACGCCUUCAGGGCUCAACACAAAGAUGCUUUCAUCCAAGAGCGUUAUGGCCAGUAUGACCUCAGCGACCCUUUUCUGGCCUUACAACGGGACAGCAAAGCAGCAGAGCACCAAAACACACUCGCCCAAACUCACGCAAACCCUCUGGCUGUACUAAAACUGGUCAUGGCCCACUGCAAGAGGAUGCAGGAAAGGAUGAUGAGACAAUUGGCAGCGACUGAGAGCAGACACAGAAGGAUGAUAGCUGAUCUAGCGGAGGAGAAACUGCGGCAUGCCCAUCAAUCACAGAGCGACAAUUUCUCCUUGAUACUGCAAACAGAACGAGACGAACUGUUGCAACAGCUUGAAAUUGAGCGUGCAGCAGUGCGACGACUGGAGCGGGAACAGGAUCAAGCCGUAAGCCAGGCAGAGGAGUCGCUGACUCAGCAGCAACAGCUUUCGUCAACUCUCAGCCGAGAGCUCCAGAAAGCCAGCAGCCGAGCAGAGGAGGAGGCUCAGAAGGUCUUACGGCUCCGUACUUUGCUCCAAGAGGAGACGGGAGCUGUGGAAAAGCUACAGGCGCUCCUCCAAGAGGAAAAGAGCAGGACGGCAGAACUGGAGGCUCAAACUAAGAGGAAACUCGCUGAUUUUACCACCGAGCAAGAGCAACUGAAAGCCGGACUCGUCAAGGAAGAGGAAAGGAGCAAGGACCUGAGGAGACAACUUGAAAAGCUGAAAAAGAGAUUGGCUGAAACCAGUGAGACCAAAGAGGGCCCAAAGGAGGCACUGGCAGUGGAAAAAGAGUCACCCUCCAAGAUGACACUUGUGCCCGCCUCGGUUCAGACUGAGCCUGAUGGAAAAGUAAUUGGCCCUGCAAAAACAAGCUCGAUGUCAAAGGUCAAUGGCCAUCACAUUCUCAAAGAGACAGAGGCAACUCAGGAUGGGAGAGGAACGGAAAACACAGGCGUGCUGGAAAACGGCACAGGAGCAAGCUUACACUCUCCUCUCCAUCCUCAUCCUCACACUUUUCCUCACUCGCCCUCCAGUACCGCCUCCUCUUCCCUCUCCUCUUCUCCCAUUUCCUCCCCGGUUUUGGCCAAACAUCUCAACAGCCUGGGUUUCCAUCAGUCCUCCUACCAGGCUGGAGUCAAUCAGCGAUUCCAGGCUGCCAGACACAAGUUUCAAAGCCAGGCGGAGCUGGAGCAGCAACAGCACAACGGCCCCCUUUCCCCCAGGGACCUCUCGCCCACCAUCUCCUCCAACCCUCCCCCACCAGAGCACAGUGCAGUCAAGCAGCUGGCCCGCAACACGGUCACACAGGUGCUGUCCCGGUUCACUAGCCAGCAGGCUGGCGUCAAGAUGGUACCGAUGAGCAACUCUCCAUUUGGUACAGACUACCGUAAUUUAGCUGCGUCGCCUCCUGGGGGGAGAUCACCUUCCGGGCCUUUGUCUCCAGGUAUCCGUUCCCCUCUCACCCCUCGAUCGGAGAGGACUCAUCCUUCUCCGAUUCCUCCGAAGAAUCUAGGCAUGAGUCCGACUCCAGGCUCCCCGAGCCAUUCUGCCCAAACAAGCGUGUUCUCUGAGCUUUCAGGGAACUGUGGACCCAACAGCAGCGGGCAAGAAGAAGCAACACAGCCGGACCUGGUUUUAUCUUCUAGCAGUUAAUGUCCCCAUCGUACUGACAAACGCUGAAAACAUCGAGCCAGAAAAAAUAAGCUUGCCAUGGCAUGUUUUGACUACAAUGGAUGACACUGGCACCAGAAUAAGUCGCAGGACGAAGGAAUCAUCUGUGAUGAGUCGUCCUCAUGCUGCUCACUGUCUGCGUUCAAAAAAAUUGCACAGUAUCAAAUCUAGGGGAUGACAGAGGACGUCUGGAUCAGUGGCUCUCAAACCUUUUAGGGUCCGGGACCCCCCGCAAAUUUUUUAUUGAACUUGAGGAUCCCCUGACUUCAACAUUGCAAAUGGUGGCGAGAGACCUUAUUAAUAUGCAAUGAAUUACACUUGUGAAGCAGUGGAAUUAGGGGGGAGGGGGGGGAGGAGUCCUGUACGCUCUGUAGUUUACGUUGAUAAAGGUCUCAGUCACAAUUAAUUAAAAUCAUCCUCUCAAUAUAAAUGCCACAGAAUUUCUUUUUUAUUUUUAUUUUUUUAAUUUUUUUUAAAGUACUUUAUUUUCACGGACCACUUGCAAGAAAAACUGGUCUAGCUGACUUCAGCAAGGUCACAUUCCACCUGGAGGGAUCCCCUGCUCACAUCCUCGUGAGCCACUACCUCACUGCAACUGUAAACUGAGCUCUGCGAGACUGUUGAGGAGUUACCCAGUGUGCUUCUUAGGGUGGACAGCUGACCCGCUCCAGAUGUGGGCAUCGCCGCACAAGUGUCACAAAAGAAAGCAGCGCUAGUAUACUCAGGAUGCCUAGAAUCGACAGAUCUGUCGCAUUCCUAGUAGGCGCAAGUCUUUCUCACGGGAGCAUGUCAGUUUGGUGAUAUUGUACAAACCCAAUUCCAAUGAAGUUGGGACGUUGUGUUAAACAUAUAAUGAUUUUCAAAUCGUGCUCAACCUAUAUUUAAUUCAAUACGCUACAAAGAUGAGAUAUUUAAUGUUCAAACUGAUAUACUUUAUUGUUAUGAGCAAAUAAUCAUUAACUUAGAAUUUUAAGGCAGCAACACAUUCUAAAAAAGCUGGGACAGGUGGCAAAAAAGAAUGAGAAAGUUGAGGAACGCUCAUCAAACACGUUUGGAACAUCCCACAGGUGAACAGGCUCAUUGGGAACAGGUCGGUGCCAUGAUUGGAUGUAAAUGGAGCUUCCCUGAAUUGCUCAGACAUUCACAAGCAAAGAUGGGGCGAGGUUCACCUCUUUGUGAACAAGUGCGUGAGAAAAUUGUCGAACAGUUUAAGGACAAUGUUCCUUAACAUACCAUUGCAAGGAAUUUAGGGAUUUUGUCAUCUACGGUCCAUAUCAUCAUCAAAAGGUUCAGAGAAUCUGGAGAAAUCACUGCAUGUAAGCGGCAAGGCCGAAAACCAACAUUGAAUGCCUGUGACCUUCGAUCCCUCAGACGGUGGGUAAAGGAUAUCACCACAUGAGCUCAGGGACCAAACCAAUGUCAGUAAAUACAGUUCGGCGCUACAUCCGUAAGUGCAACUUGAAACUCUAUUAUGCAAAGCAAAAGCCAUUUAUCAACAACAACCAGAAACGCUGUCGGCUUCUCUGGGCCCGAGCUCAUCUAAGAUGGACUGAUGCAAAGUGGGAAAGCGUUCUGUGGUCCGAAGAGUCCACAUUUCAAAUUGUUUUUGGAAAUUGUGGAUGUCGUGUCCUCUGGGCCAAAGACAAAAAGAACCAUCCGGACUGUUAUUGACGCAAAGUUCAAAAGCUAGCAUCUGUGAUGGUACGGGGCUGUGUUAGUGCCAAUGGCAUGGGUAACUUACACAUCUGUGAAGGCACCAUCAAUGCUGAAAGGUACAUACAGGUUUUGGAGGAACAUAUGCUGCCAUCCAAGCAACGUCUUUUUCAUGGACGCCCCUGCUUAUUUCAGCAAGACAAUACCAAACCACAUUCUGCACGUUACAACAGCGUGGCUUCGUAGUAAAAGAGUGCGGGUACUAGACUGGCCUGACUGAAGUCCAGAUCUGUCUCCCAUUGAAAAUGUGUGGCUCGUUAUGAAGUGUAAAACACGAGAACGGAGGCCCGAGACUGUUGAACAGCUGAAGCUGUACAUCAAGCAAGAAUGGGGAAAAAUUCCACCUACAAAGCAAAUGCAGUUCCCAAACAUUUAUUGAAUGUUGUUAAAAGAAAAGGUGAUGUAGCACAGUGGUAAACAUGACCCUGUCCCAUUUUUUUUGGAAUGUGUUGCAGCCAUAAAAUUCUAAGUUAAUGAUAAUUUUCUAAAAACAAAGUUUAGCAGUAUGAACAUUAAAUAUAUUGUCUUUGUAGUGUAUUCAAUUAAAUGUAGGUUGAACAUGAUUUGCAAAUCAUUGUAUUCUGUUUUUCUUUGUUUAACACAACGUCCCAACUUCAUUGGAAUUAGGGUUGUACAUUUAAGAGACUGCAGAGUACAGCAUGACCUCUGGGGAAAAAAAAAAAAAUCUGCAAAACUGUUUUAGUUGUAGAUGGGACAAAAUAAAGCAGCUCUUCGAUUGAGAGUAGUAGCUGCCACACAUCCACAGAAAAUGUAGAACUUUUUUGAAAGCUGCUUAAAGAAUAUUACAGUGGACAUUGAAUGCAGACAAGUAAACGACUGCACCUUUUUUGAGUACACAGACCGCACUGCAAUACUGGGAAAAAAAAAUAUUUGUCUGUGUUCAUCAGGGAGCGCUCUACUUUAACCAAAUCAAAACCGGUGUCAUUUUGAUUCCUGUGACUACUGCAGCCAUUUGUGUCAUUCAUUGUAUUGUGUUUGAACAGAUUUUAUUCCCUUUAGAAUCAUUUGUAUGUUUCAACAGGUUGUAUUUGCUUCAGAAUAAUUUGUAUGUUUGUGACACUGACCUUUUUACUUAGCUUUACAAUAACAAAAAAAGAGCACAAAGUCUGCAGAGGGGCCUUAUAGAGAUUCAGUCUCUCUCCCAGACAACUCAGCAAGACCACUGAAGUAGCAGGAUGAGUCAGGAAUCAGACUAAUUCCUGGGGUAAAAUAAUUCAAUAUUUUAGCUGCUAAUAAUUAAAAGUAUAAAUAAACCACAAUUUUGUGCUCACGGUGUAUAAAAUAUUUUUCUUCCACACAGAUGCCAACCAUAUCACUCACAUUAUUCUGUCCUUUAAUUCAUACAACAGAAUGGGGCAGUACAGGCAACACUUAAUUAUUCAGCACACACAGUUGGUAGCAGUCUGAUGGUGAAACAUAGCAUCCAUCCAAAAAAGUCUGCUUUGAAGUAUUGGUAUACAGUUACAGUUUGAUGUGACCCUAGACGUUCACGUCUGGCUAUGCAUGGCAACGGAUGUGUGCACUUGGCAUUGACCGACACAACUUUUUAAAGUACAAUAUUUCAUGACUCCAAAAGAAAACUCUCUUAAAAUAGAAAUGUGCAUUUGUGGGUGGGAGAGUGGAGUUCUUUACCAUAGGAAAGAGAUUUUGGCAAAAGGUUCAUGUUUUCCUUUCGUAACGGAAACGGAAAGCAAUGGCGGUGAAGCUGCGAAUGCAAGAGCGUUACAGUUUAGAGAAGCAUACACACAUUGUCUUCUUUCAGUCAUUAUGGUUUGCAAAGGCGAAGACACACGGAGUACAACUUAAAAACAUUCUCUUGUUUGGCAGACAUACUUUACAAGGUGGUUUACAUUGCAGGAGCUAUGCAAAGGAUUGUGCUACUUCCAAUUGCCAAUACUGUACUAUGAUUUUUUUUUUUUUAGAAAAACUCAAAAGCAACUUAAUCGUGUAUCAUCACAAAUAUGUCAAUCACCUCACAACAGAUUCCCAAAUUCAUGUCAACCACAAUGAAGCACUUUCUUCAUGAAUGAUGUGCUUUGUUUCUCACAUCUUGCGUUUGUGUACACUGCGGGUCCAUAUCGAAAUGCUGUUCCGACACAAUUGACCAAAUUCUCUUUCUAAGAUAACUGAUUGCAUUUUGUAGAUAUCCAGAGUGCAGCCCUGUACACUGACCCAACACAACUCCCGCACACCACACAUUCACAACCACUUACUGCAAACUAUGAUGAUCUAGCUUCCUUAGUACACUU